AUGGCAGACUCAGCAUCGAGGGCCUGGACGGAUCCUUAUAAAACUGUGUGGACUAAUUUUUCUGUGUCGUGGGAACAGACAGCCGUGCCGCCAAUCUUUCGCAAACUCUACACGAACUUCUCGAAGGACUUCAAUCCCGCUCACUGGCCUCGUCAUCAAACGUUAAAUACUCAGCUACUUGGUCACAGUGGGUGCGAUGGUGCACGGAAAUGCGACUGCCUAAAUGGUUACCCAAGGACGAAGAGCGCCAUUCAUAUCAGCUCGCACUUUUCGCAAUCUACUGCUGGAAAUUCGGAUGGAACUCGUCCGAAAGAGGCAACUCUACCUCCACCGUGCUCUCCAAACUCUGCCACAUCUCGUGGUAUCACAAGCGCUUCGUCGGAUACAAAGUCGGACUGUCCCCCGGACACCAGCUUGCUGUCGUCGGCAUGCGCAGAGAAGACCGUCCAACCAACCCCAAGGCCCCCGUCACCAUGCAUCUCCUCGGAAAAUUGCACAGCUCCCUCGAUUUUUCCUGUGCCCAGCACCGAGUCAUCUGGGUGGGGCUUCGGUGCUGGGCUUCUUCUUUCUUUUGCGCCGCUCCGAGUAUCUAGCUGA